AUGGAGACGGAAAGUUGUUUGUCUUUCUCUUCGCAGACGAGCAGGACAACGCCAGAAAACUCUCCGGGACUCGAGCACGGAGGCUCCAGCUCCUUUCUUCCCUGUGAUGAGCUGCAGAAAUCCUCGCACCUUCCUCUCCCUCACCGUCUCAGUCUGCGCGGGGAUUUCUACUCUUCCACCAUGGGAAGGUUUGCGGACGCUCCGGCGGACUUUACGCACGGCGCUGCCCCGGCGAACCCUCCCGCCUCACCGGCCAAACACAACAAGUUCUUGGACAAUAUAAGUCAGGAUCAAAAAGGGAGAGCAAUAAGUGCGAAGCCGGUAUUUUAUGAGAGCAACUCGGAAGUCAGAGAGAAAGCGGCUCCAAAAACCAUGGGCUAUCCCGUGAUUGGCUCAGACUGCUGUGCCAAGCUAAAAGAGCCAGCCAGUGGUAUACAGGGCGAUUCGAUUGCCGACUCAAUCGACCUAUCAGGCAAGAACAAGAAGCGGCGCAACCGCACCACUUUCAGCACCUUUCAGCUGGAGGAGCUGGAGAAAGUGUUUCAGAAGACACACUACCCUGAUGUUUACGCCCGGGAGCAGCUGGCCCUGCGGACCGAGCUUACCGAGGCUCGGGUGCAAGUUUGGUUCCAGAAUCGCAGAGCCAAGUGGAGGAAACGGGAACGCUAUGGGAAGAUCCAGGAAGUGCGCAACCACUUUGCUGCUACAUAUGAUAUCUCCCUUCUCCCUCGUCAUGAUACAUACCAGAUGCAGGGCAACUUGUGGCCGGGGGCGGCUUCAGGAGGAGGCGGUGGCUCCGGUGGGGGUUGCGUCCUGGGGGCCGACUCCAUCCCCUCGUCCUGCAUGAGUCCUUACUCCCACCCCCACAGCAAUCUGCCGGGCUUCAUGGGCAUGCCCACGUCUCCCAGCCACCCACACCACCACCACCACCCACCUCACCACCCGGGCAUCAACGGCCUCUACUCGCUCCACGGCUUCCCAGGAGGCCUCGGGCCGCCUUCCAUCGAGGGGCCUGAGACCGAAUACAAGCCAACGGGCCUGGUGGCGCUGCGGAUGAAAGCGAAGGAGCCGGGCAGCCUCCUAUCCUGGCCUACAUGA